AUGGUUAUGAUCAUGAAGAAAAAGCGUCCAGUUGUCACUGGUUUGUGUCCAGCUAGUGAUUCAAGAAUCAAGACGAAUAAACCUUUUGUUUGUAAGAGGUUUUUUCACAUGAGCAACGCUAGGAAAUGUUCUGCGUAUGAUGUCAUUGAGCAUAUAAAGAAAAUAGGAAUUGAGAUAGAAAUAGAAAAACAAUACCAACAUAAAAAUAAAACUUUACCUGCUGUCGAUAAAUUCGUCUACAAGUCCAAUCAAGAUCCACUAGAUACCACAAGCCACAAAUAUUUAGAGCAUUCCACGAGUGAAGGAAAUCAUUUUGAAAAAUGUGUCCAAUUCGAUAACCCCGACCUUUAA